AUGGAGUCAUCAAGCUCAUCCCCGAAGUCGAGCCCUACUUCGAGCAUAUAUACCGUCAAACAGUCUGAAUCCACCGGCAAAACCUCGGUUGGGUCCAAAGCGUCUUCCAGCAACUCCUCUGAGAAGAAAAGCCCCCUGGCCAGGUGGAAAUCACAGCAACAUGCUUCAUUGGUUGUACCAGAUACUGCCAAUGGUAGCCUCGACACGAUCGAGGAAAAGGACGCCGAGACCGAAAUCACGCCCACGGUCGCCACUGUUGAGAAGGCUGCCGCAGCCAAGAUCUACCUUGAGACCUAUUACAAUGAGCGCCUAGCUCAGCCCAACCCACGCGAGGUGCGCCUGCGCUUGCUGGGCAGCGAACUUUGGCAUAUGGGUGCUGCAGUCCCCGAAGCUGAGAAGAAUAGACUGAGACGCCAAUUCUACCGCAAUGAGUCUGAUCAUCUGCGAGAGACGCGGGUCAUGAAGGCUCGAACCUUGAGAGCCCUCACAGAAGGGAGAGGUACGGCUUCUUCAUGCUGCAAUGACUACCAGAUCGUCAAGGCUCUGGGGAAAGGCAGCUUCGGAGUGGUCAGGCUGGUCCGAGAGAAGCUCAAGACCGGGGACAACCAGCCCAGUAGGAAGGUAUAUGCAAUGAAAGUCAUCCGCAAGUCUGGCAUGCUCCGUACAAGCCAAGAAGGUCAUCUCAGAGCCGAGAGAGACUUCCUUGUUGCCUCCGAGGGAUCCAGAUGGGUCGUACCACUGAUUGCCAGUUUCCAAGACGCCUCCAAUCUUUACUUGGUCAUGGAUUACAUGCCCGGUGGAGACUUCCUCGGCCUUCUCAUCAGAGAGAACAUUCUAAGCGAGCCGGUUGCACGCUUCUACAUUGCCGAGAUGAUUAUUUGUGUUGAAGAGGCUCACGCACUGCGCUGCAUCCACCGCGACAUCAAGCCCGACAAUUUUCUUGUGUCGGCGUCGGGACACCUGAAGAUAUCAGACUUUGGCCUGGCAUUUAACGGACACUGGUCCCAUGAUUCUUCAUACUACCAGGCCAGUCGUUACUCCAUCGUCCAGAAACUGAACCUCAAGGUCGACGGCGACGAACAAGACAAACAGGACGCUCAGACCUUGUCGCACAACGUCAAAUGGAGCUCGAACAUCAUGAUGAGCCUCAACAAGCAUGAAAAGAAGAGUUUUGGUGACGGCGAGCCUCUGUUGCAGUGGCGAAACCGAUGUGGGAUGAGGACGUCGGCCAAGUCAGUCGUGGGAACCAGCCAAUACAUGGCCCCAGAGGUGGUGCAAGGAGCCGCGUACGAUGGCCGCUGCGACUGGUGGAGCAUCGGUGUCAUCCUGUACGAAUGUCUGUACGGCCAUACUCCGUUCCUUACUGAUGAAGGGAGACAACAUACAAAGCAGAACAUUCUGAACCAUCGCUCGACUUUUGCAUUUCCUUCACGCCCGCUCGUGUCCGGCCGCUGCCAGCACCUCAUUGCUAGCCUCAUCCAAGAACCGGUAACUCGUCUGUGCAGCCAACGUUACCAGUACAAGGAUAUGCAGCAACAGUCGCAAUCCAUGAGCAGCAGCGGCAGUGGGGCCAACCAGGCCUUCACAGACCGUUUUGUGUUCCCAUACGAUGCCGAGGACAUCAAGGCCCACAAAUGGUUCAAAGGAGUCCCUUGGGAGAGGCUUCACGAACUCGACCCGCCCUUUGUCCCGUUGCUUCGAUCGACCGAUGACACACAGUACUUUGACGACGAGGAGCCCAUAACAGACCUGUCCGACAGUGACGAUGAAGACGAAGAUGAGACAAUGCCCCAGCUAGAGAAGUCAGCACUUGUUGUUGACGGAAACGCAAUCAACGGCCUGGAUGGAGCGGCUGCUAGCAGACCUGCCGUCAGGCAGAAGGUGCAUGAGGCCGUGCCAGACCCGGGCUCAUCGGCUGCCACGACUGUCAAUCAUGUCCAUCUGCCAAUGACUCCAAACUUUACUCCGCCUUCCCCAGCGCGGGAAGAGGCCCAGUCAUCUGCAACGCCGAAGGCUCCUGCCACACCAGUCUUUGCGGCGGCUGAAACCGCCGCCGCUGCCACCACAGUGACCAACGCAUCCAGCAAGCGUGCGGAACGCGAGGCUCUCCUCGUCAAGACGCUGCAGCCUUUUGACUGCGGCAUCCAGGCAGCAGUGCGUUCCUGGCUGAACAUCCCUUAUGACAGUCUGCGCCUCCGCAACUUCGAGAUCCAGGUCGACGCUGAGCCCGGACUGCGGGCAACAGAGCGCGAUACACUAAAGGCACUGGUGCGCAUAUACGGGAAGAAGGAGAAGAAGCGCCCGCGCGAUCGUCUGUUGCGCGACCCUGCCACAAAGCGGCUCGCCAUGGAACUGAGGAAGAAGACGGCCUUUAUAGGGUACGACUGGAAGCGGAUACAGGCCCAUACACAGGCACAGACACAGACGUUGACGACGACCUCGUCGGUGCGUCGCAGCCCCGCAAGCACGGGCAUGGGCAUGCCAAUUGAGCAGCUCGUAGGGAAAGCCACAGGGAAUGGAUCGAACCUGGCGAUAAGUGGAGGGCCAAAUGGUGGAGGAAGGCUGGAGCCCCCGCCCGGGUUCGAGCAUCUUGGUCCAUUAAGAGCAUUUCAUCCGGGGAGGAUGAGCAUAGACUAA